CAACAUCAUGUGAAAAGAAUAAAAUGUAAUGAUAAACCUGUUAGCAGUUUUGCUUUAAAGUUGUCAAAGCUUCGCAAAUUGACCAUGUCUUCUAUAUGGGUCACAGGAUCCACCAUGUUGGACAUUGAUCUCUGUGCUUUGAAAGCAGGUCACUGAUUUCCUAAACCGUGAAACUAUCAAUUUCUCCUCUGCCCUUAAGCUAAAGCAUAAUUAACACUGAAGGCCAGGGGUGGAGGACAUAAACUAUGUAAGGGUGACAUUGAUGAUUUUGAAGGAUUACAUGAAAAGUUUCUUUUUUUAACUCUGCUUGAACAGUGAUGAAUAACUUAAAACAAAUCUGUCAAAAUGUUGCUUUAAUUACUUCAUAGUUGGGAUUUUAACUGCAGGUCAGUUAAAUAAGUAGUGAUUAUUGACUACAGGGUGAAUGAAAUCUUUGUGCAGAAGUGUGGCUUAGUGUCUUUAACUUUGUUGUUCAUCAAACUCCCUGUUUUAUGUAACUGCAGCUGGCACAGAUAGUCUUAUCUGCUGUCACUGACAUUGGCUGGACCGGUGCAUUCUUAGUGCCUGAAACAUUAAAAAGAGCGAUAUGAGGGGGACUAAUAACAUUAGGCAGUGCUAUAAUGGCAGGAAGCCAGAUUGGGCCAACAUUAUACUGAAAGGAACAACUGCUCUCAAAAUGCCAUUAUGCAUCACUGAAUCAUUUCUCUGGCUACUCUAUCUGCUCUGUAAUCAUACCAUUUCCUGUAGUAAAUGGUAUGUUGUUUCAUAUGUCGUUACUUUGGCUUUAUUUAAUCAUUUUGAUUUAUUUUUUUCGUCUCCGUCUUGUCCUCAUCUGUCUUGUCUGAACACAUUCACUCCGUUGUCAUAUCGCUCCCGGCUCUUGAACCUCACGCACCCAAUUUCCUCAUGACUCCGCUCCUUCGUCUCCUGACCUGACCCUCCUUCUUCUUUACCCUGUAAAUCUGCUCCACAUGUGUGCUCCCUUCUGGGUGGAGAUUGCAGAGUGCACUGUAGCUCCAGUCGCAAUGGAGGACAGUGACCAUGAGGUUCACUCUUCAUCAGAAGAGCAGGAGUCCUGCCCUGCUUCCCCUGACCACAGCAGUCACCAUGAUGCUGAACAGCAUUCAAGCCAUUCAGAGGACUCCGAGGUGGAGAACAUUAUGCAAGACCCUCACCACCAAGGAGGGCACGGCCACCACCACCACCACCACCACGAGCACCACGUCCAUCACGGCCAUGAGGCUCCUCAUGCAGACAGGGAAGCUGAGGGCGAAGAGCGCCCACACACCCCGUCAUACUUGCGUCCCCCUGUGGCAGGCAAGGCGCAGUCCGAUUCAGGUUCAGAGCCCACUUUACCGCAGAGCCGCAGUGUGGAGUUUGAUUUGCCGCCCCCCAGUCCCACCAGGCCCAAGAGUCCCUGGGGUCGGUUUGACCCGUACGACAAUAAUGAGGACCAGGACAAGGAAUAUGUUGGCUUUGCGACGCUGCCAAACCAGGUGCACCGCAAAUCUGUGAAGAAGGGAUUUGACUUCACGCUCAUGGUGGCAGGCGAGUCUGGCCUGGGAAAGUCCACCCUGGUCAACAGUCUCUUUCUCACAGACCUUUACAAAGAUAGGAAGCUGCUCAAUGCUGAAGAGCGAAUCACACAAACAGUAGAAAUCACCAAACACACAGUGGAUAUAGAAGAGAAAGGUGUCAAACUGAAGCUCACCAUCGUGGACACCCCUGGCUUUGGGGAUGCUGUAAACAACACUGAAUGCUGGAAGUCAGUGGCUGACUACAUCGACCAGCAGUUUGAGCAGUACUUCAGGGACGAGAGUGGCCUCAACCGCAAGAACAUCCAGGACAACCGCGUACACUGCUGCCUCUAUUUCAUCUCACCCUUUGGUCAUGGCCUCCGGCCUUUGGAUGUGGAAUUUAUGAAAGCUCUACACGAGAAGGUCAACAUUGUCCCUGUCCUGGCUAAAGCAGACACACUCACCCCUAGUGAGGUCAAGAAAAAGAAAAUCAAGAUCCGAGAGGAGAUUGAGCAGUACGGUAUCAAGAUAUACCAGUUCCCCGACUGUGAUUCUGACGAAGAUGAAGACUUCAAGCAGCAGGACCACCAGCUGAAGGAAAGCAUUCCCUUCGCAGUGAUCGGCAGCAACACGGUGGUGGAGGCCAAAGGGAAGAGGGUGCGAGGCCGUCUCUACCCCUGGGGCAUCGUAGAGGUAGAGAACUCGGCACACUGUGACUUCGUGAAGCUGAGGAACAUGCUCGUUCGCACACAUAUGCAAGAUCUGAAGGACGUGACCCGGGAGACCCACUACGAGAACUACAGAGCCCAUUGCAUCCAGAGCAUGACCCGCAUGGUUGUGAAGGAACGCAACCGCAAUAAACUAACCAGGGAGAGCGGCACAGACUUCCCCAUCCCCGCAGUGCCUGGAGUGGCAGACAACGAGACAGAAAAGCUCAUCCGAGAGAAAGAUGAGGAGUUGAGGCGGAUGCAGGAGAUGCUGCAGAGGAUCCAGGAUCAAAUGCACACCCAGAAAGAAGGCUAUUAACACAGGACAGCACCGUGUACGUGUCCGUCUGUCACUGGGAUAAACACAACAAAAAAACCACCCAGGAAACCGUUAUUCCUCUCUAGAACAUUGACAUCCCUCUGUGUCCACCCAGCCACCACUCAGCCUCAUCAACAGCACGUCACACUGGGAUCAGAGACCUGCGAUGGUGGUAAGAUGAUCUGACAGCUGCAGCUUCCCUUUAUCCUCUCUGACAUUAAGGCACCGCUGCUGCAAAACACUCCACCCUCCACUCAACUGUUUUCUGUUCUGUCAAAAUAAUAAGGUUUGUUGUUGGUUUGAUGGUGAGGAGGUGGGGGGGGGGGGGGGGGGGGGGGGUCUGAUUUUCAAAUAUCUGAUCUUUAUUUAGCCACAUGAUCACAGGGUUUAAUUUUAUUUUAUUUUUUACAUGAGGUCUGAUAUGAGGUUUACAUGUGGUGACCUGCUCAGAUUUUUUUAAGCACACUUUUUCAGUGCAAGUGUUUAUUUUGUAUUAUCUCUAUAGGCCAACAUGCAUACUGUAAUAAUUUAAUUUUCUAUAUUACACUCAUACAAAUUUGUUUUACUGUUUUUCAUCUUUUAUGUGUUCUGGGUUUUAUUUAAAUGACACUGCUUGAUAUAAGGUAUGGAUGAUAAUUUAAUCUUAAAAGGACAGUUCAGAUUUGCUGAAGUGUGGUUGUAGGAGGUACUGUAUAAGCUAAGUGUAAGAGGAGGACAGGGCCGGCAGGUAAAUGUAUUUAAGCCUCCUUGUUAUAUUUAGAAUAUUUUCCCCACUUUACCUUGCUGUCAGACAGCCCUUUCCAAAAGGUAACUGGAGCUAUUUUAAUGCUCUCAUCAAAGCCACCAGACCCCUUUGACAAA